AUGACGCUCCUCGCGGCGUUCUCUGGACAGUCAGGCAACACAGACAGGAUGAUCGGCAUGAAGGCUCCCACCAUGCGCGCCUCCGGCUUCGCCGGCGCUCGCGUCGCCCACAAGGCGUCGGCCAACCGCUCGGCUGGUCGCCGCAUGCUGGUGUGCCGCGUGAACGCUCUGGCGCAGAAGUGCGAGUACAUUUGGUACGAUGGCGCCGAGGGCUCCGAGGAGAAGGGCCUCAUCUUCAACGAGAUGCGCUCGAAGACCAAGGUCAUGCCGACGCCCGUCACCUCGAUGAACCCCGCGGACUUCCCCGAGUGGUCGUACGACGGCUCCUCCACGGGCCAGGCUGAGGGCAACAACUCCGACAUGGUCCUCAAGCCCGUGUUCGUGUGCCCGGACCCCAUCCGCGGCGACGACAGCGUCCUCGUCAUGUGCGAGGUCUUCUGCUCGGACAACGAGACGCCCUGCCCGACCAACGAGCGCGCCAAGCUGCGCGCCAUCAUGAACGAGAAGACCGAGGCGGAGAAGCCGCUCUACGGCUUCGAGCAGGAGUACACCAUGAUGGACGGCAAGACCUCGCGCGUGUACGGGUUCCCCGAGGGCGGGUACCCCGCGCCGCAGGGCCCGUUCUACUGCGGCGUGGGCUCGGAGUCGGUGUACGGCCGCGAGCUGGCCGAGGCGCACCUGGACGCGUGCCUCAAGGCCGGCCUGAACCUCUCGGGCAUCAACGCUGAGGUGAUGCCCGGGCAGUGGGAGUUCCAGGUCGGCCCGUCGCCGCCGCUCGAGGUCGGCGACCACGUGAUGGUGGCGCGCUGGCUGCUCUACCGCAUCGGCGAGGAGUUCGACAUCGCGUGCACGCUCGACCCCAAGCCCAUGCCGGGCGACUGGAACGGCACCGGCGCGCACACGAACUUCUCCACCGAGAGCAUGCGCAAGCCCGGCGGCAUGAAGGCCAUCGAGGAGGCCGUCGAGAAGCUGUCGAAGCGCCACGCCGAGCACGUCGCGGCCUACGGGUCCGGCAACGAGCGCCGCCUGACGGGCAAGCACGAGACGUGCGACAUCAACACCUUCCGCUCGGGCGUGGCCGACCGCGGGUCGUCGAUCCGCAUCCCGCUGCCCGUGUCGCUCAAGGGCUACGGCUACCUCGAGGACCGCCGCCCGUCGGCCAACGUCAACCCGUACACCGUCGCGCGCAUGCUGCUCGACACGGUCGUGAACAAGUAA